GCCAUCCCCCUAUUUUUCUCUCUCUUUCUUUGUUUCUUUCUUUCAUUCGUUGAAUCGGGCGUUUCAGAAACCUCAGCAAUGGCUAUGGCUAUGGCUUCUUAGAAAAGCUUUCAGAUUCGUCAGUCUCGUUUGAAAUUUGAGGGAUAAGGAGAAGGGUCUCUCUUUCAUGGCUGAAACAAUGAAGUUCCAGGCGGAGGGCGAAAUGGGUUGCGGUUUCAUGACCUCAAUUUUCCACCGCCGCGGCCUCUGGCAGAAGAAAUCAUCCCGCCAGCCACUUCCGGCGAGCAGCAGCGCCGAUAAGUUUCCAGCCAAGCUUCCGCCUCAGAAGAAGCCCGUCUCCUGCGUUUCGAAGGCGAGCCGGCGGCCUUCAGAUUCCACCAGAAGCUCAACAUCGUCUUCCAACAGUUCCGGGCCAAAGAAGCCUUCCCAAACCCCGGACAUGGCGGAAUGCAGGAGGACAAAAAGCGAGCCCAGUCCGAACAUCUCCGGCCACCGGCCUUCCGACGAAAGAAACACGCUUCUCGGAGCUUCUUCUGGCAACAUAAUGCUGCCCGGCCAUUUGGGCAAUCUCAAGCAGCAGCGGAUCAAAAAGGUUCCAUUAACUAAGACUCUCGCUCUCAGGCAUCUGACUUUUGAUUCCAAGUCUGUUCAAGAAUUCGGCCAUGGCAACAUUGUCAAAAGCCCACAUCUGAGGAACAAGCUAGAUUCUGAAAUGCUAAAAUCCAUAGGGAAUGAGAAAUACGAUCAAGGCAAAUUUGAAGAGGCCUUGGCCUUGUAUAAUCGAGCAAUUUCUCUCGAUUCGAAUAAAGCAUCGUAUCACAGCAACAAAGCCGCCGCUUUGAUUGGCCUAGGCCGCUUGGUAGAAGCCGUGUUUGCUUGCCGAGAGGCCGUUCGGAUCGAGCCUUCCUAUCGCCGAGCUCAUCGUCGGCUUGCGACGCUGUAUCUCAGAUUAGGUGAAGCAGAGAGAGCUCUGCAACACCAUGGGAAGGCGGGGUUCGAGGCCGGCAGCGACGAAAUUGCCGCUGCUCGAUCGGUGAACACAGAGCUUGCCGUCUCCCGCAAGGCUAUGGAGCUGAGAGAUUGGAAAACACUGCUCAAAUCAAGCUCUUCAGCCAUAUCCACCGGCGCCGAUUCGGCUCCACAGAUCUACGCAAUGCGAGCCGAUGCGUUGUUGAAGCUCCACAGGCACGAAGAGGCUUACGAAACGUUUCGAAGAGGAAUGCGCUUUGAGAUCGAGCCAUGUUCUCGGCUCUUUGGCUCGGCCUGCAGCGCUUAUAUGCUGGCUACUCGAGCUCAGGUCUACGCCGCCGCGGGCAGGUUUGAGGGGGCUCUGGCCGAUGCUCGGCAGGCGGCUCGUCUGGAUUCCAGCAGCGAGAUGAAGGCGAUGGCCAGGAGGAUUAAGGCUGUGGCGUCUGCUCGUUCGAUCGGCAACACGCUUUUCCGGGCAGCUAAAUUCUCGGCGGCCUCUGUUGCAUAUUCUGAAGGGCUUGAGCUCGAGCCAUACAACUCGAUCUUGCUCUGCAACAGAGCGGCUUGUCGGGUUAAGCUGGGCCAGUUCGAGAAAGGCGCGGAAGACUGCGUGUCGGCUCUCAAUGUGUGGCCUUCCUAUAACAAGGCCAGGCUGCGCCGGGCCAACUGCUAUGCCAAGUUGGAAAGGUGGGAAGCUGCAAUUCAAGAUUACGAGAUGGUGAUGCGAGAAAUGCCGGCAGACGAGGAGGUGGGAAAGGCCUUGCUCGACGCUCAAGCUCAGCUCAAGAAGCAACAAUGGCGGAUACACCCGCAAGAUGAAUCCCCGUCGACGACCCUGCAAAUCAAAGCGCCGGAAAAAUGAAACGACGGACGAUGGACGCCGAGCCAACCGGGGGAUGAUGUUGGCCACGUGGAUAGGCUCGAGUCAUUAAAAAAUUAUCGUGUUUUAAAGUCAUCACAUCUAUUAAUAGUAAAAGUAAUUUUUGUUUUCGUAAAUUUACCUUUGAACACUGAGAUUUGCUUGCUCAAGGCUAUGGUGGCUUUAGGACCAAAUAAAUAAUCCGUCGGCAGGGCGGCUGUAUAGUGCUUUAAGCAUGGCUUGGCCGAUGAAGAACGGCGAACUGGGCAGUGGCAGUGGAUUGCUUUGUGUGGAUCAUCAUUAUGAAAGAAGUCUGAUGAAUUGCUAGAAGAUUCUCUUCCCUGUUUUCUUUUAUUUUUUAUUUAAAUUAUUGCUAGGCGAUUCCUAUUUCCCUUCUCUCUCCUUUCUCAUGAUUUUCUUUGAGAGAGUCAUAUUCUUGCGAAAUAUUUAAAUAAAAGAUAGGGUUGUGAUAUUUUGGAAAUUAAAGCU